AUGGACCGUCCCAUAUACGAAGAUGACCUGACCACCAUCCAUGCCCGCCACGCUGCCCCACUUGUGCAACUACGCCACCUCGCUGCCACAUCCGUCCGCAAUCUCAGGACAGCAGUAGCAGAGGAAAUAAUGCAAGCCGCGCUGAUGAUCCUCGAGGAUAUUGCGACCAUGGUAGGGGACAUGUUCCCCGAUGGAGAAAUAAGCGACCCAGACCUCCCAUUCGGGCAGGUGAGAAUGGACACCGAGGGUCUCCACAUUGGCCACUCCACGAGGAGCUUCCGCGAAAAUGACAGCGUCUACUCAGAGGGAUGCUCUGAUGAUGAUGCAUCAUCGUCUGCGGAAGAGUCGGACCAGGAAGCGGACUCGCUCCCGCCGCUUCCCUUGACGGAGCUUGCCAGGACGUGCUCUGCCACUUCCUUCGCCAACCUCCGCCACCUCUACACCCUCUAUUACACCAUCCACAUCUCUCGGAUGGACCGCCUCAUUCUACGUCUGGACACCUCCUCCACCCUCCCCAACAGCACCGUUCCAAACCGCCCCGAAUCCAUCUGCCAGACUCCCCCACCCUCUUCCGCGGCUGGCAUCAGCUACGGCCCUCGCUGCGAGAGCCCGCAACAGAAACAGAUGCAGAAGAACUGCAGCCAUGGUGGUGGUGCGGGCGUCCCGUUGACCGAAGAAAAAGAAAUGCAGUAUGCCCAUGUCCUGGCAGAUGAAAUGCUGCAGGUUGCCGAGUACAAGGAAGCGAUCGUCCGCAUACUGGUUGAGGAGCUUGCGGGAGGUAUGGGUGCGGCUUGA